AUGGCGGGUCUCACACAAGCAGAGCAGUGUAUAGAAGCUAUCCAGAAUGCUGCCGACAGAGUCUGUUUCGAGACCAACAAGCUCCGGGACUCCAUGAUUGCUCGAGUAAGGCGUCAACUUGAGAGUAAAGACGACAGUGGAAGUUCUACAAAUGAAAGCGAGGAAAGAAAACAGGACGUUACAUUGUAUUUCCAGCCAGGAGACGUAUGUAUACAGAAAGUCCAGGACAUCCUUGGUCGACUUGAGGCCGAAAGUGAUACAGUAAAACACGAACAACUAUGGAGAGUGUCUUCAUUCCACACAACAACUCGGUCAGUUGAUAUCCUAGAGUCCACAACCACUGAAUACGCGUGGUCCUGUAACCAUCACCAGAAUCUCUGUUUGGUCGACAAAUACGGCAAAGUAUUGGUCAAGCGGGAGAUUAACCAUGUCCCGGAGUCUAUCGCCACUGAUGACAGUGGCGCUAUGUAUUAUACUUCCUACAGGGAAAUGGCUGUCAAGAAACUGGACGUGUCCGGGAAGGUCGGGUAUGUGUUUAACACCUCGCCGCUUCACCCCAUGGGACUCUGUCUUUCUAACGAAGGCAAUCUGCUCAUCUGUGUCGUUGACAAGUUUGACUUUGUGACUGGCAAGGAUAAACCAAAGGAUAUACUCAAAGUAAAGCUAGACAAUGGCGUGGCCACCUCUGUCAAGUUCAAGGACGAGAACGAAAGGCUGACGGCUCCUUACCGAAUUCUGGAAAAUAUCAACGGAGAUGUCGUAGUUAUAGACGGGUUGUCGUCCAAGUCCGGGCGGGUAGUGGCGUUUAACGACGUAGGAGGGCUGAAGUUUAUAUACAGUUGCGAGAGUCCCGGAAAUGAUGAAUCAUUCUGUCCGACAAACAUGUGCAUUGAUUUUAAAGGGAAUAUAUUUGUCAUUGACGGCGGAUCACACAGUAUCCACGUACUGAACAGUUCCGGAAAAUUACAGAGGAAAUUCGCCUCUUACGAAAUCGGAGGCGGCGAGCCGACAGUGGUGAGCAUCGGACGGGACGGACUUAUGUGGGUGGGGCAUGCUGAUGGAGAGGUCACCGUGUUUAGACAUGGACGAUCAAGUAGGCCGGUGUCUCGCGAAGUUAAUGAAAAGGAGACUUUUUUCUGA